UUUAUCGUUAUCGGCGAAAUAAAAAUUUUAGAAACAAAAUUAUUAAAACAAUAUGAGUUCUGGCUUUGUAACUGAAGCAGAGGCGGCCGAAGCUCGCCAGAAGCGUCAGGAGGAGUGGGAGCGUGUUCGCCAGCCAGAGGAUCCACUGGAGCGACCAGAGGAACCUUAUGACGGACGGUCACUGUACGACCGCCUGAAAGAACAAAAAACCAAAAAGGACAUGGAAUACGAGGAGGCACACAAGCUGAAGAACCUAAUUCGCGGCCUGGACGAUGAUGAGGUGCAGUUUCUGGAGGCUGUCGAUGAGCACAAAAUUAAGGCUGAGCGUCAACAAAUGCGUGAUGAGGCCCGUGAACUGGAGGACUUUCGCAACCGCGUGGAGAAGCUGCAAGAGGAAAGCGUUGAUAAGAAACUGCAGGCAGAGCUGAAGACCACCGCCAAAUCAGUUGGUGCUACGGGCGGCCGAAACACACAGAAGUCAUUGCUUGGCCACGGAAUCAAACGCAAAAACGGUGAAUCGGCCACCACAAGCAAAGUGGCCAAAACGGUGGAGAACAACAGCGCUCCAGUGCAGAAGGAACAGGAGGAGAAAGCACAGCCCACUUUUCAAAGCGGGCUAAAGUUGAUAGCCACGCUGCCUGGCAUUGGGCCCUACACAGAGUCCAGCGACUCGGAGGCUAGCACCGAUUCGGACGAGCUCGAUCGGUUCACUCGCACCGAUUUGUGUGGUCGCAAGAUGCCAAAAAAGAAACAGUGCACAGAGUAGGGUCAGAUCAAUCUUUUUAUUGGGGUUCUUAACAUGUAAUUCUUUCUUGCAACAGAAUAUAGCCUAGAGUGUAAAGAUUAA